CUCAAUAUAAAUUGCCACUCCUCAUACAGGGAAUAUUCUUCCACCGAUUGCGAGGUGACAACAAGCUCUCUAACCUUACCAGGUGAAUUGUUCUCCACUUGAGGUCAAGUUCAAGAGCCAAUGGCGCAUCCCUUGAUUGAGUGGAACUCGGGCCUCUUGGACUGUUGUGAUAACAUAAGUUCUUGUUGCUACGGUUUCUGGUGCUGCCCAUGCCUUGCCUGCACGGUUUCAGGAAGCUUUGGAGAGAACCGUUGUCUCCCGUUGUGUGACAUGUGCAGCCCCGCCAUAACAGCAGCCAUCGGACUGCCUCUGUGUGUGCCUCCUGCAGGCUUGUCUCUACGGGUUGGCAUUCGAAACAGAUAUGGCAUCAAGGGCUCUGUCUGUAAGGACAUAGCGACUUCCUGUUUCUGCUCCUGGUGCUCCUGGUGUCAGAUGCAUCGAGAGUUAAGACAUCGCAAGAAAAACACGGUCGUCAUUGUCAACAUGCAGCCUCCUCCAGUGAUGAUGGCUCCAGUGAUGAUGGCUCCAGUGAUGAUGGCUCCACAUUCUGCUGGUUUUGUGAGCCAACCAUGAUUUGUUAUGGUUAAUUGAUACUGAACCUUGUGACUUCUAAUUGGUGUGUCUUUCAAAAGAAAAUGUGAUUUAGCUCAGAUCUAUUAUCUGUAGUAGUAGUAGUCUAUGUUUUGACAGUGAUAUACAACAUUGUAAUCAUUUUGAAUUCUGAGCUUGCUGGAAAUUUGUCAGUCCCAUAAUGCUACAAUAUUUAUAAUCAUUGGAUACUAUGGUGGAAGUUGUAAAGUUCUCAAGAUGAAGUAUCAGGAGAAAAUUCACAAAUAAGAUUUUUAAAAGCUUAUCUCGUGCUCUGCAUCUAUUUGUGGAUAUUACCAAGCAGUCUGUUGCUGCUUUAAGUUAUUUAUCAUUAAAACACACCGUGUCAUGUUGUGUACCCAAAUGGCUUUCUGGAGGACUUUAAAACUAUGUCUGCAACAAUAAUCACAUCAAAAAUAAGGAUUAAUUUAGAAAAACCGUUUUUUGUCCAAUUUGAGGAAUUUUGUGUUGGGAUUUUUCUGUAAUUUUCUGUUUUUAUUAAAUGAGAUCUCAGUAUAGUACCUUUUUCAUUAGUCAACAUAUAUUAAUGUGUUGACUGAGUGUCUGGUAAUAAUAGCACCAUUCUGCUUUGUGUAACCUCUGCUCCUCCCUUGAGAAAAACUGUUUUUUGAAUGUGUGUCGAUGUCAGUGAAAUAAAUGAAAAAUGUAGAAAAACAUGAAAAUACUUUAGAAAAUAUUAGUAACACAGUACUUUGCUAAACACAAGUGUCAAUAUUUCAUUAGUGACGAGUACCGAGAGAUCUCAAGACAUCCAUGUAGAGGCUCAUGUUGUUACUCUUUUAAGAACAUGUUUGGCAGAACAUUUUUAAAGUUGAGAAAGCCCCACAAACUGGAAGUUAGCACCUGGGGGGGUUGGUAGCUGGCUCCCAGACCCCGAUGUGAGCACUAGAGCGCUCUCAGGAGACACUCCACAAAAGACGGUCCUCCACAAGACCGCUAGCAGAUAUCCCACCGAUCUCCCGCUGGUUCUCUGGCGGGGAGCAGAGCCAGUGGGGACAGCUGAAGGGCUGUGGGAUAGAGCCAGGUCACUAGGAGUCAAGUAAGGGCCGCAGGACUUGAAUCCUUGGGAAACACCCUGCGGUGUCUUUUUUGCUACUAUCUGUUGCGAGAGCCAGAGUCAGCUUCAUCACCUUUAAAACUUCUCAAUAUUCAAAGCAUUCAUUAGGCAGCAAACAACUAUUUGCUAUUUAGCACCUUUAAGUAUUCACACCCAGAUUACCUUAAAUCUUCCAUAAACUAAAGUUAAAACUUGAUUGUGCUGCUUUAAUCUGUCGGCUUCAUUUUUUUUCCACGUGUGUCAAUGUAAAAGUCUAUGUAGCUUUCCAGUUAGCUCUCCUGGUAUCUCUCCAGGUAGCUCUCCGGUUAGCUCUCCUGGUAGCUCUACUGGUAGCUCUACUGGUAGCUCUCUCUUUCCCUUUCCAGUCUAUGUAACCUGUCAAUCUAAUGAAGGAAAAAAUGGGCUAAAAAAUACUCUCAAGAAAAGUAUACAAGACUUCUUAAAUGCUUUCAAUUAAUAAAUAAAGAUAGUUCUUGUUGACAC